AUGUGGGUCUUAUUCAGUUACUUGACGCGGAAACAGCCUAUCUGCCCUGGGGGAGGAGCACUUAAGGGAUAUGUGAAAUGGAUGGACAAGCAGAAGGGUACCCAUUUGGGACAAAAACACCAGAUGUCACCUGAAAAACUGCUGAAUUAG